UUCCCGACGAACUUGGGGUUCUUGACUUGACUGCCUGACUGGCACGGGCGAGCGGCGGUCUUGAUUUCACGCGAGUUUUGCCAACUUAUUGAUUCACCUGCUUGCGUGCUUUGCUAUUAGCAAAAAUGCCGUCGAUGGGUGAAGUUUUCAACGACUACCUGCUGCAUGUUACUCCAGAAAAAAUUUACGUGGAGCCAAUCGGAGAAAAAGGUUUGCUGGUGAUCGACCGAGUGACUCAAGAUAUUUACAUAAGUCAAGAAUCCAACAGUAUCAUUCCACCCUCGGCGAGCACGAAGCCAAUAUGCGGCUUAAUUGGAAUUACCAGAUUGAUAGCGGGCCCAUACCUAGUUGUAAUUACUAAAAAGAAACUGAUCGGGCAAAUAAAUGGGCAAAAUGUUUGGCAAGUGGUGGGUGCUGAAGUCAUUUGUUGCACCAGAACUCUAUUGCAUCUCACUGAAAACCAGGCUGCAGAAAACAAAGUUUUGGUUUCCAUGAUCGAGUUCAUGCUAACCGUUCCGUACUUUUACUUUUCUUACACUUAUGACUUGACCCACACACUGCAGAGGCUUCACAACACCAUUCCAGAAUAUCUGCAGACCCCACUCCAUGAAAGAGCUGACCCUCGAUUUGUAUGGAAUGGUCACAUGCUUCAUGACUUCACAUUGCAGCCUGAAUUGAGCCAAUAUUGUUUGCCUGUUAUUCUGGGCUUCAUAUCCAUAAACUCGUGCAACCUGAAUGGCAAGACAUUUUCGUGGAGUUUGGUGUCGCGUCGUUGUUGCCAAAGGGCUGGAACCCGGUUCUUCAUGCGAGGCAUUGACAGCGAUGGGCAAGUUGCCAACUUUGUUGAGACUGAGCAGAUUGUCGAGUUCCAGGGUGACAAAUGCUCUUUCGUCCAAACUAGAGGAUCAAUUCCCCUGUACUGGAGUCAAUUGCCAAAUCUCAAGUACAAACCCAAACCCCGGCUGAGCGAGGUUGACGACCACAUCGAAGCUUUCAGAAGGCAUUUUGACACUCAGAUUUUCCACUAUGGCCGUCAAGUCUUGAUCAACUUAAUUGAUCAGCGUGGAGCCGAACACGUUUUGGAACAAGCAUAUCAAAAUAUGGUCCAAUUAGCGAACAAUCCCAACAUCAGAUAUGAGGCUUUUGAUUUUCAUCACGAGUGCCGCAAAAUGCGUUGGGAGAGGCUCAACAUUCUGAUUGACCGUCUUGCGUAUGAGCAGGAAGAAUUUGGCCAGUUUAUCCUUGCAAGGGACGGGGCUCUGAUCAGCCAGCAAGAGGGUGUUUUCCGCACCAAUUGUAUCGACUGCCUUGACAGAACAAAUGUCGUCCAGAGUAUGCUAGCCAGAUGUGCUCUGCAGAAAGCUUUAGAGAGAUUCGGAAUUCUAAACAACGGCCAAAAGGUUGAGGAUCAGCCAUCAUUCGAGCGUCUUUUCAAAAAUGUUUGGGCCGACAACGCUGAUGAUAUAAGUGAACAAUAUUCUGGUACAAAAGCACUGAAAACAGACUUUACCAGAACUGGAAAGCGAACUGUAUCUGGAGCUCUAGCUGACGGAGUUAAUUCUUUGACAAGAUACGUCAAGAACAACUUCCAAGAUGGAUACCGACAGGAUGCCAUCGACCUGUUCCUUGGAAAUUACUUUGUCGAGGACCACGACAAGAUGCAACCCGCUCCAUCGCCUCUUGCUCUUAGACAGCGGGACUGGAAAUAUCUUACAUUCCCUCUGGUUUUGGCUGGUGCAAUUGCGAUGUUCUUUGCGAACUUCAUCACUCCACUUGAAUCAAAAUCAUCCACAGAACAUACCACAUUCACACUCCUGUGUUUGCUCUUCUGGGGAUGUAUGAUUUUCGUCACCGCCAUUUCGAUUCUGCGCUACGGUCCAGAAUAUGUAGACACGCCUAGGCUCAAUGCCAAUCGCAAUAGAGUUUUGUCGAUUGAAUGAAAGGUAGGGUCAGCUCUUCAUUAACGAUUUUUCGCAGCCCAGUUGACCUCAAAUGGCUCUCUGGAUUGUAGGAAAUUGUAUUAUUUGAUAUAAAAAGGUCUUGUUGCUUUGUCUUAACUCUCAAGCGUUAAAUUGUAUCCAUUCUGUUGUUCAUUAUUAUUUAAUGGAUUUAUUAUGAAUUGCGAAAAUAAAACACAGUAAGCGCGUGGCUGCUGAGUAUAUAAAGAA